AUGCUACGGGAUCUCAGGCAAAGGCAGACAAGAAAUGAUAACUACCUUCACAACCCAUUGACACAACACUCCAAAGCUUACAAGAAAAGCGCUGAUUUACCUCACAUUACAUGGCUAGUGGCUAUCCGCAGGUGCCUGUCAAUGAGAAGGCUAAGGAAAUUAGUGAUUUCACUUCAGGCCAUUUCCAAUUUCGUGUUUCACGUUUUGAGCUUCAACGGCACCGGCAGAGUUCCAGAGAUUGAUGGACAGGUGCAAGGUGAACUGCUUGGACCGGAAGUGUCGGCCUAUAUAGACGAGAAGCGCAAUUCAACGGUUAAACCUCAGACAUGUCGAAUGAUGGAGCCUACUAGAACUGAUCAUGCGGCGCUCAAAUCGCUCAAUGAACGAACAAAUGUUGCACUUGGAGUUUUGAGAUGGGCACUAGAAGUUCAGCGUUAUGAUCCGACCGUACAAUUUGACAGCAAACGUGGUUGCGGACGCGCCAUCUGA